AUGAGUAGGUAAAAUUCUUAAGAAAGAUUUCUAAAGUCGGCAAAUUCCUGUCGAAAUUAAGGAAGAUAGUUAAAUAUUAUUGAUUUUAUAAUGAAAUAAAACUUUUAGGAUUAAGGUCCUUCAACAAUAGAAUUUUAAGAAGAAAUGAAUGUAUAAAAAUCAUGUGAGAUGUGUUUAUAAGUGUAAGAGGAAUUGAAAAAAUUUGUGAAUGUUGAAAAAUUUUAAUAGGUGAUUGAAAAGAUGUGGCAAAAGAUUAAAAAAAUAGAAGAGGACAAUCAAAAGGUAUUGUUAAAAAUAGAGAAUCUAGAAAAAGUUCUUAUAGAUUAAUAAGGCUUUUUAGAUGAAUUGAAUGAUCAAUAAUAUAAGUCAUAAUAACAAUAAGAUUAAUCAUCAAUUUUACCAUAAGUGACUUUAGAUAAAGGUUAACUUGAGAAAUUGGAGAAGAAAAUUUAAAAAGACAAUUUAGCAGGUAUUAAGAGUAUUGAAGAUAAUUUAUAUAAGAUCUUAAAUAAAGAAAUUUAAUAAAAAUUUAUGGUUAUGUAAGAAAAACUAGAAGAGAUUAGUCAAUAAUUUGGAGGAGUAAAUGAAUAGAUUGAACUUUUUAAUCAUAAACAUGGAGUAACUAAAGAAGAAUGUGAAGAAAGAAUUAAUUAAAUAGCUUUAAUAGUUAAUGAGAAUAAUCAAUUUUUAAGAUCCAAUAAUCAUGGUGUAGCUGAAAUGUAAUAACAUGUAAUAAUUAUAUAUUUUUACAAAGUAUAGUGAUUUGGAUGCAGAUAUGAUGAGAAUAUUUUAACAUAUUAAGGCAUUAUUAUAGAAUGAUUACAAAAUAACAGAGAUGGAAUAGAACAUAACUAAUUUGAAGUCUUAAUUAGUUUAAUUGAGAAAUGCUGUUAAUGAAAUUGGUGAUUUUGUUUCAAAAAUAUGAAAAAUAUAUAAUCACUUUAAUUUCAAUAAAUCAUCGAUGAAGGUGUUAUCAUUCACUCUAAAUAAGCCUAAUUACUUAGAUUAACCUUGAAAAAAAGUGCUAUUCAUAGAUAAUCUUAAUAAAUAAAUCCUUUGCCCUCAAUCUAAAACAAACCAAAACAAAUGAAAUUAGAAACAAGAUAAUAAUCUGAAACUUCAAUUGCUCCUAAAAAAUAAGAAAAGAAAAUAUAAAGAUAAAUGAGUAAUGUUGAUAAAGGCAACUUUUUAUAUUUCUUAUAUGCUUAAAAAAAUGGUUAGGUAGAGUUAUAAUUAAUUUAGAAAAAUGAGAAACAGUUUGCUGAGUUCCUUAGAAAAACUUAUAACUUUGAGCCACCUUAAAAGAAUGAAGGACCAAGUAAGAAAGGUCUUCUUUAUCUUUCUAAAAGAGAAGAAAAUGAAGAUCACAUUAAAAAAUUAACAAAUUCUGUAUUAUCACCUGGAAACAAAAGUAUAAUAGGAAAUAAGGAAGUACCUCUUGAUUAAGUUGUAAGUCAAAUGUUUGAAAAGUAACUUGAACGAUUCCCAAAAGUUAAGUAGAAGAUUGAAAGAACUCAAUGA